UAUCUUUAGCAAAACAAAAAAAACAAAAAAAAAAACGAAAAAAAAAUAAAAUCAUAAAAAGGUUAUGUUUACCAGAGUUCAUUGUUUACCAUAUUGUUUUGGCUGGAGGGGGAUUAUAAGGAGUUGCAAUGGGUCGCAAAAGAAUUUAAAUUUUAACUUGGGUAAGAAAUUAAAAAGAAUUGAGAAUUAAAAAAGACACGUGGUGGUGGUUGAGCUAGGCAAGGAGGGAACCUUUCUUUUGUAUUUUUAAAGGAGGGAACUUGGAAGCAUUAUCAAAAAAAAAAAAAGAAAAAAAAAAGGGCGGGGACAGAGUGAGCGAAUAUAAGCGAAACGAGAAACAGGAGAAUGUUAUCAAAUACAGUUCCUCAUGCAACCCUUGGGCGAAAAAGAAAGAAGAAGCAAAUUCCUCUCUGUUCCAUGGAAGCUUCUGGACUUUCCACCAAAAAUCUAAAACCAUUUUCCAAUCGCUCCCACUCCCGCGUCUCCUUUUUGGUUGAUUUCUUCGUGACUAAGGCACUUCGGGACUAAGGCAAUCGCGCAGGGACAAGAUCGUCAUUCCACCCAACACCCUUUAUAAGGAACCAACUUCUCAUCUUGAUCACAGACUCAUUUCUGAUUUUUGUGAAUUGAGAGAGUACGAAUUUGAGGCAAGUUUUCUCUUCGAUCGUUUUUGAGUUUGCUCCCGAUUUCUCCAAUGGAAAGAGGUGGUGGUGGAAACAGAGGAAGACGUAGAGGCAGCAGUGAUGGUGGUGAAAGAGGUGAUUAUGGUGGCUACGGCAGAGGAAGUGGAGGAGGAAGAGGUGGUUAUGGCGGUCAUGGUGGUGGUGGGUCCCAGUACCACCAUCAACAACAACCGCUGCAGCAGCAGCAGUAACAACAACCGAAUGAGAGUUCGGGCCAGCAAGGGAGGCCUUCUCCAUGGAAUAGUCCCGCUCCCACCAGAGCAGCCUCUCCUGCUGUAUCUCCAGCCCCGAUCAACUCUCCUACUCCCGAUACUCUUGUUCCUAGAAUGCAAUCUCUGGAAAUUUCGAAACAGGCACUUUCUUCGCCUUCUUUGGAUGAAGCAGACAAAAAACUCCCUGUGAGACGGCCUGAUAAUGGAGGCACAAAAUCUAUCCGAACUACUAGGCUUCGUGCUAAUCAUUUUAAUCUCUCGUACAAUCCUGAGAGUAUUAUAAGGCACUACGAUGUUGAUGUCAAGCCAGAGAAGCCUGCUAAAAAUGGCCGUCCUGUGAAAAUGUCGAAGUCUGAACUCUCUGCAAUCAGGAAGAAGUUAUCCUAUGAUAAUCCUUCGGAUUUUCCCUUGUCAAGUACCGCAUGUGAUGAUGGAAAGAACAUCUUCAGUGCAGUGCCAUUGCCCACCGGAUCAUUUAAGGUGGAGGUUUCUGAGGAAGAAGGCACGCGGUUCAGUUCAUACAUAUUUACCAUAAAUUUGGUAAAUGAGCUCAAGCUUUGCAAGUUGAAGGAGUACUGUAGUGGCCAACUCUUGUCUAUCCCUCGUGAUAUAUUGCAGGGUAUGGAUUUGGUGAUGAAAGAAAAUCCAACUAGGUGCUUGGUUUCUGUUGGGCGAAGCUUUUACCCCGCUACAUCAAAUCAAAACGAUGACCUUGGACAUGGUAUUGCUGCAUUUAGAGGGUUUCAGCAAAGCUCAAGGAUGACUUUCCAGGGUCCUGCCUUGUGUCUUGACUACUCAGUCUUGGCAUUUUAUAAGCGCCUGCCCGUUAUAGAUUUUCUGCAAGAGCAGAUCAGGGGCUUUGAUUUAAACAAUCUCAACAGGUUUAGGAGAGAGGUUGUGGAUGUAUUGAUGGGAUUGAAAGUUACCGUGACACACCUUAGAACCAAGCAAAAGUACAUCAUCAAGGGGCUGACUGAUAAGAAUGCAGGAGACAUUACAUUUGAUGCUGCAGGCAUAGAUGGCCAGUGUACACCUAAGAAAGUUAGGCUGCUUGAUUAUUUCAGGGAAAAAUACCAGGAGAUCCAGUACAAAAACAUUCCCUGCUUGGAUUUGGGGAAAAAUGGUAGGAAGAACUAUACACCGCUGGAGUUCUGUGUCUUAGUUGAGGGGCAAAGGUAUCCAAAGGAGAAUUUGGACAGAAAUGCAGCUAUCAAGCUGAAGGACAUGUCAUUGGCUUCACCAAAGGUUAGAGAGAACAUGAUAUGUGGCAUGGUACAAUCUGGUGAUGGACCUUGUGGUGGUGGCAUCAUUGAGAAUUUUGGAAUUGAAGUCAACAUGAAUAUGACAUCAGUAAUAGGGCGUGUCAUUGUCCCACCUGAGUUGAAGUUGGGUCCUUCUUCUGAUGGCAGGAUGACUAAGGUAACAGUUGACCGAGAAAAAUGCCAUUGGAAUCUUGUUGGGAAGUCUCUAGUGGAAGGAAAACCAAUCAGUCACUGGGCUGUACUUGACUUCAGCAGUUAUGAUCGAUUCUGUCUGGAUCCUACUCAAUUCAUCCCAAAGCUCAUCACAAAGUGCAACAAACUGGGAAUCAUAAUGGGAGAGCCUGUUUUGUACGAAGCCAUUUCCAUGAGACCAUUCACUAGUGUUUAGAUGCUUCGUCAGCUGCUUGAAAGCAUUAAUGAACAGGCAUACAAAAAAAGCAAAGGCCAUUUACAAUUACUUGUUUGUGUAAUGGCUCGAAAAGAUCCUGGUUACAAGUAUCUGAAGUGGAUCUCUGAGACUCAAAUUGGUAUAGUGACGCAGUGCUGCUUGUCAAAUAUGGCUAACAAAGCAAAUGACCAGUAUCUUUCAAAUCUUGCCCUUAAGAUCAAUGCCAAGCUUGGAGGCAGUAAUGUAGAGCUAAGUGAUCGGUUUCCCCUCUUUGGGGUUGCAGGCCAUGUUAUGUUUGUGGGGGCUGAUGUGAAUCAUCCUGCUGCGCGGAACACGACAAGUCCAUCAAUUGCAGCUGUUGUUGCCACUGUAAACUGGCCUGCCGCGAAUCGUUAUGCUGCACGAGUCCGACCCCAGGACCAUCGCACUGAGAAGAUAUUGAAUUUUGGAGACAUGUGUCUGGAGCUUGUUGAAACUUAUGAGCGAUUGAAUAAAGUCAAGCCGGACAAAAUUGUUGUCUUCCGUGAUGGAGUCAGUGAGGGCCAGUUUGAUAUGGUUCGCAAUGAAGAGUUACUAGAUCUGAAAAGGGCUUUAGGAGGUAUAAAAUACUAUCCAACCAUCACACUAAUUGUUGCCCAGAAACGGCACCAUACUCGUCUCUUUCCGGAGAGUAUGAGGGAUGGUAGUUCCACAGGCAACGUAUUACCGGGAACUGUGGUGGACACAAUAAUCGUGCACCCAUUUCAGUUUGACUUCUAUCUCUGCAGUCAUUAUGGAGCCCUUGGAACAAGCAAACCCACACGCUACCAUGUUCUUUGGGAUGAACACUGGUUUACUUCUGACCAAUUGCAGAAGCUCAUAUAUGACUUGUGCUUCACGUUUGCAAGGUGUACUAAACCGGUAUCGUUGGUCCCACCGGUGUAUUAUGCUGACCUUGUGGCAUAUAGAGGGCGAUUAUACCAUGAGAGUAUGGAGGGACAGUCUCCAGCUUCAGCAUCCUCCUCCUCAUCAUCAUCAUCCUCAGCAUCGUCACCACUAUCAGUGGCUUCUCUAGAGAAAAGGUUUUACAAACUGCAUGCUGACCUGGAAAACACAAUGUUUUUCAUAUGAAGGUGGAAGCAUGAUCCUGUGAUCUCUCUUUUGUGGAACAUGAAGGAUACGGUUCUGUAACUUGGCAAACCCUGGCGCAACUCCAACCUCCUUUUCUUUUUUUGUGUCGAAAUGUUAUGAUCAGCAUUUUCUCUACUGCGUAUGGUCUGUGUGUUAUUUAAGUAUUGUAAUUUGAGCUGUUUGUGUGUUGAACAUUCUGUGUGCCCAAGGGGUUCUCAAUUACUCUCAGAGGAUCUAGUCAGUUGUAAGUCUUUGUAGUGUUGGGUUUCUUUGUGUUUCUUUCUUGUGUGUGAUGUACGAAUUGAGAAUUACAAAAUAUUGUGGUUUGACAUCAGGCUUUUUAUAUCAGUUUGAAUGUUAUUUAAUAUUGUGGUUUGAA